AUGAUUCGACAAAGAACUGAUGCACCAAUUUAUAACGAAUACUAUGUCUUUGAUUUAUUCUGCAAUUUGGAAGAACUUUUGAGCACGAAAAUCGUGAUAGCUGUGUAUUUAAAGCAUUUCGUACGGCUGAAAUUUCAUGGCAGCACAAGUUUUGAAGUGGCGCUCGUGUGGGAGCAGCCAGAUCGUCAAUAUUACCAUAAAUGGGCGAUGUUGACGAAUCCAAAGGAUCUAGCAGCGGGGCCAAAAGGUUACGUUAAAUGCAAUAUAGCAAUUAACGUGAAAGGGGAGAAGCUGAGAGUACAUCCUGACACGGAGGGUUUUCUGCCAACUUACGGACCAUCGUUCCUUCAUUUUUACGGUAUUGGAUCGUCGGAGAGGAACAGCUGUUUCGGCAAGUGUUCCACAUGCCUGCCAUUUUAUCGCGGUAGACUUCUUCUCUCGCUAAAAACUGAAAUGGAUGACCCAGAAGCGUCGUCCGGAAUCGGCGCCGAAACAGAGCCUACCCCUCCCAUCAUCGAGGAACAGAAGUUGGAGAGACUGGAUGGUUUGGUAACGUUGGAACAACCGGACGUUUAUAAACUGUACAACGAAACGAUUCGUACCCUGGAGAAUCAUUGCAUCCGUUAUUUGCAUACGUUGGACACGGAACGGUACGGCGACCAGGGUGGCACCACGAAGCUCGAUCGACAUCGCGUGAAUCUCUGCCGUAAAGAGAUCGAAGAUAUCCUGACGAGGAUCAGGAUCAACGGAGAGCUUCCGAACAAUCGUUACACGAGGAUCGCGAUGUCGCACGCAUACCAGUACCUCAAGAAAUUGAAGAAAAUUCAGGAAGACGCAUUUCAAUUACGAGCUCACAUAUUCCAAGGUCGCUUUGAUCCUGGGAUGGAUGCAUCCGGCUUAUUGGAUCCGCUGGUACGCGUCGCGUUUCACGGUUACACGGCCACGACCAGGGCUGUUAAACAAACUCUCGAUCCGUUCUGGGAUCAAACAUUAAUACUGCCACCGAGGACCGUGCACGGAACAAAAGAGCAUAUUAAAUUAAAUCCCCCCAGGGUGGUUUUGCAGACUUUUGAUCAGGACAUAUGCGGCAACAAGGAGUUCUGCGGAAGAUGCACAGCCAUCCCAUUAGUCAAACUCGCGGAGGAAACUUACUCGCCGCCUGAUUUCCCUCCGAAACUCGAGUGGUACAAAUUUAAAUCGCAAAGGGAUUGCAGCGGCUCGGUGCUCGCUGCAUUCGAACUCAUAGAGGUAGAAGACGACGAAUCGGUAGAUAGGUCGAUGGACUCCUCGGAACAGGAUGCUAUUUACAACAUACCGACGGACAUCAGGCCAAAAAUGGCGAACUACAGACUGGAAGUUAUAUUUUGGGGUGUACGCGACAUGAAGAAGAUUUAUUAUUGGCCGGUUAUGAAACCUCGGAUUAUUAUAGAUUGCGCAGGAGUGAAUGUAAAAUCGGAAGUGAUGGAAAAUGCUAAGAAAUUCGAUAACUUCGAAGAGCCCCACAUAAUUGUCAGCUUGGGAAAUAAAAAGUUGAAAGCAAUAGAAUGUUUUAUCAAGUUUUUUUCGUUGCGACCGAAUAUAAAGGACAUGCCGGAGCUCGAUAUCUAUUAUCCUUCAAUCACAAUAAAAGCGUACGACUCGCGAGGAUUUGGAUGUUUCAAAUACGCUGGGAUUUGCAUCGUGCCGAGCAUCCAUGUGUUCCUGGAGCAAUUAAUAACCGAGGAGCAUUACGACGAGCAGAUAUACGAGUCGAAAUCGAUCAUAAAGUCCCAACGAUCGAAGAAACAGUCCGCUGCGAUACACUCGGUUUUCCUCACCACAAAAGCAAUUUUCAUUUUUCAAGAACGAUUACCGAUCGACCAUCACCUAUCGAAGAACGAGAACCAAGAAUUGAUCCCCUACAAGAAGAUGAUCGUAAACGACAAGUCGUCGAUAUAUCAAAAGGUUUUAAGAUCCCUGAAAGAAUUGCUACUUUGUAGAAGGAAGAAGAGAAAGAAAGAAAAAUUUCAAUCGCAUUCGGGGAAUGAAGACGAGUCGCUCGAUUGGUGGAGCAAAUACUAUGCUUCUGUAGAGAAGGAGAAAAGCAGACAGUUAGGCAGCUUUAUUCGGGAGGAUCGCGAGCUCCCGGCGACGUUCAAGGUGUACGAUGGUGAACUGGAGAUGCAACCAGAGUUUGCAGGCUUUCAGGAUCGUCUGAGAACGUUCGAGCUUUGGCGUGGGAAGAAGAGCGGAGAUCCUGCUUACGAUAGAGACAAUUAUGUUGGGAAAUUCAAGGGACGCAUCGCCGUGUAUCGUUGGCCGCAUCCGGAUAAUUUACCGUGCAAAACGAGAAGCGGUAGAAACGCGGUUAAUGGUUUGUGCGACGAUUAUCCGCCACCCGAGCUCAUCAGACUUCUGGUUAGGUUAUACGUGGUGAAGGGUAUCAAUUUGCAGCCUAGCGAUCCGCUCAGCAGAAAGUCAGAUCCUUAUUUGUGCAUCAAUCUUGGGAAAACUUUUAUCAACGAUAAGAAGAACUACAAAGCUAACCAACUGAAUCCUACUUUCGGAAGGCUGUUCGAGAUAGAAGCCACAUUUCCUCGGGAUUACCUGUUAACCAUACAAGUAUGGGAUUACGACGUGACUUCGAGCGAUGAUCUGAUAGGAGAAACUAAAAUCGAUCUGGAGAAUCGAUUUUAUAGCAGACAUCGUGCUGCCUGUGGUAUAUCGAACAGUUAUAGUAUCGAUGGUUAUAACGCGUGGAGAGAUCGCGAGAAACCGACGCAGAUACUUCAACAACUCUGCAAGAAAAAUAAUCUUCCCUCGCCGGAGUUCGGCAAAGAUUACGUGAAAAUCGGACGAAAAAGAUUCCCCUUUGUCGAGGAUCAGGACGCGACAAGCAGGGAAGAACGUAUGGCGCUAAUGGUACUUCAUCAAUGGCAAGAUUUUCCUAUUUGCGGAUGCGCCUUGGUGCCUGAGCAUCUUGAGAGACGUCCACUUUUCAACACCGCGAAAUAUGGUCUCGAGCAGGGUAAAUUGGAACUUUGGAUCGACAUGUUUCAAUUCAACGAACUUCCAGCGAAGCCACCGGUAGACAUUACCGCCCCGGUACCGGAGGAAUAUGAAAUUCGCGUGAUCGUUUGGAAUACCGAGGAUGUGCCACUCGUUGAAAGUCAAUUUCUUACGGGGGAAAAGUGCUCGGAUAUUUACGUGAAAGGCUGGUUCCUCUACGACGAUUACCAGAAAACCGAUAUCCAUUAUAGUUCCCUAAACGGAGAGGGUAAUUUUAACUGGAGAUUCGUGUUUCGAGUCUCGUAUUCGAAACGUGAACGCGUUAUGAUCGUUCGUAGAAAAACGUCCAUGUUAGUCGGUAAUGAAAUCGAGGAGAAGAUGCCGUGUAAAUUGAACCUACAAGUUUGGGACAGCGACCAUUUCAGUUCGGACGACUUUCUCGGCGCAUUAACGUUAGACUUGGCGAGAAUGCCACGGGGAAGCUCGAAUUCGAAGAACUGCACUUUGAAACUGCUCGAUCCCAAUCUGCCAACGAUCGAUUUGUUUAAAAUGACCCGGAUCAAAGCUUGGUGGCCGUUUGCUCUUAGCGUUGCCACCGGAAAUUACGUUCAGGCGGGCAAAGUUGAACUAGAAAUAUCAGUACUGCGAGCGGAGGAAGCGGACGAGCAGCCAGCAGGAAAAGGAAGAGAAUCACCCCAAAAUCUUCCUCCACCCAAGUACGUUAAUUAA